AUUCCCCCCUACUCCGUACAAUGAAAGUUACAAAACUGAAGAAAUGUCUUCUGACGAAACGUUGAGUGUUGGAGGAAGCGAGGAAGUGAGGGCUUUGGAAUACGAUGAUAGGGGUAUAGAGAGUUGGUUGUUAGCGUCAAAGAGAACUGAGGAUGAGGUGGGUGGGAAAGAAAUGAUUGAGGGUGAGGGAGAAGGAAUACCCUCGAAUAUUUUGGAAAUUGAGGGUGGAGGUGAUAGGUGUUAUGAUGUAGAGGUAGACAUUGUUUUUGAAGUGAUGGGCUUAAAUAGUGAUGAGGAGGAAGAGAUUGAGAAGCUGGUGAGAGAGGGAGGAGACAUCUUGGAUAUUAUGUAUCUUACUAGCUUCGAUGUCAUAGAGGCUACUGAGCUUUAUGGGCCAAGUUCGUUGAGUGAAGCUGAGAUGGACAAAUUUUUGGGUGCAGUUGGGGGGUUAGCAAUUCCCAAAAAAUCGAGGAAGAAGUCAAAGACUUCUGAAAAUGUUGCAAGUGAGGGAGAAGCUGGAGACAAAGAGAGGAAGCAGCUCUCCAGUUCAUUAGCCCGAGCUCUGGUUGUUGAUGAGCCAAGGUCGAAGCUCAAACGAAAAGGAAGUGAGGAUUUAGAACUGGCUCAAAAAAAAAAGAAGAAAAUAGGGGAGCCAGAGGUUAGGGGAGAUGAGGUGGUAGAGUUCGUACCUCGGCCUCCUCCUAUUGAGUUUGAUCCAGAGCUUAGAGAGAUUGGGGUUACAACCCAUGCCAAGGGCAAGGCUCUUAUUCCUCUUCCUUUUUUGCAAAGCAGUCUUUUUGACACCAAGAACAUGAUGGUGGCAAAGAAUUUUAUAAAUGCAUAUCUUCCUGAAGUGGAUCAUUGUCAAGCAAGGGAGGAAGUUGUAACUCAUAGAGGGAGUUCAGUUGUUAAGCACACCUUGGAGGAUGAGAGAGAUUCGUUGAAGAUGAUUCUUUCAUUUGAAGAGAGAAAGAGGAAAAUGUGUGAAGAAAAGAUUGAUGCUCAAGAGAAAGAAAUAAAGAAAAUGAAAGAGUCUGAAGUCGAACUUAAAAAGAAUGUAAAGAAGCUGCUAGCACACAAUGCGAUGGAGGAGCACAUUGCCAAGUUUUUGAAGUCUGGGACCUUUGACAACAUAAUGAACCUAUAUCGGCUACCAACUGCAAUCCUUGCUUUCACUGAUUGUAGAAAGAAGGUGAAGGCUCAAUACCCCGAAGUGGAUGUGACUAGUAUCACCUUUGGUGGGCAAGAAGGAGGGGUGGAGGAGAAUGGUGAAAGCAUGUCAACUGACUUCUGGCCUAAAGUUAAGCUAAGAUGGGAUCACACAAAGAGGGUCGUACCAGCUCCUCCAAAAGAGAAUCAACCAACUCCUCCUACGGAGAGCCACCCACCUCCUCCAGUAGAGUAGAGAGGCUUUUAUUUUGUAUUGAAGUUUUAAUGAUACAUUUAUUUUGUUUUGAACAUUUUUUGAGACAUUUGCUUUUAUCAAUUUAAUUAUAUGUUGGGAAUUUGCUUUCAUUAUUUGUUGUGUUGGUGCCAAGUAAGAGUUGAGAUGAAAGAAAGCACUUCAAAUGUG